AUGCUCCGUCUUUCUGCCCUUAGGGUGGUUCGGUCGAUGGUGGGCUCUUUCGCCUCGCUCCACCUUUCUGGUCUUUGUGCUGGGGUGACGACGGUGGCUUCUCCUGUGAGACCCUAUAGCCUUCAAUUGCCAAAUAUAAAAACCCUAACUGGAAAAUUGCCCCCUUUCUCAUCAGUCAUCCCCUCGCACUUCUCACCAGCGAAUAAACCCUUAAAAGAAGAAAGCCUCUGCGCAGUGAGCGAAAUUAAUAACAGUUUUCAUACGAAAAUUUCCGCCGGUUGUUCCCCCGUGUCCUCUCUGAUUUCAGUCCCUUAUAAGCAUCCUGUUCGUGUUAUGGGAGACAGUGAGACCGCUAUGACACAAUUAUCUGCUUUACAUAAUGAUGCAAGUGCACUUGUUGCUUCUGAUGCUGGUGGGCCCAUCGUUUCAGCUAAGGAAAACAUUGCUGGUUCCGCUCCUGCUGUUGAUGCCCCUGAAAAUAUGACCCAGCAAGAAAACCCUGUUGUAAUGGAAUAUGAUGCUAACAAAAGUUUCGUUGGCCAUGGUGACUCUUCUAUGGACACUCAGGUUGCUGCUUAUGGGUCCUCGCUUAAUGUUAAUGGUGUUAGUGAAACAGUGAAUGGAGAAACUGAAGGUAUUACAGAAAAUGGUGUUGCUUCAGCCAAUGGUGUUGGAUCUGCUGCUUUGCAUCAGCCUGUAGAUGGUUCGGGCCUGAGUACAGAAGAAGAAAGAUUAUGGAGCAUAGUAACGACUAAUUCUUUGGAUUUUGAUGCCUGGACUGCAUUAAUUGAAGAAACAGAGAGAAUGUCGGAGGGCAACAUAUUGAAAAUUCGAAAAGUUUAUGACACCUUUUUAGCGGAAUUCCCUUUAUGCUAUGGUUACUGGAAGAAAUAUGCUGAUCACGAGGCACGCCUCAGUUCAGUGGACAAGGUUGCAGAGGUGUAUGAACAAGCGGUUCAAGGAGUGACCUACUCUGUGGACAUGUGGCUUCAUUACUGUGUUUUCGCUAUCAGCACUUAUGGAGAUCCCGAGACUAUCAGAAGGAUUUUUGAAAGAGGAUUGGCAUAUGUUGGAACUGAUUACCUGUGCUUCCCACUUUGGGACAAAUACAUCGAGUAUGAGAUAUCUCAACAAGAUUGGUCUCGUGUGGCUACAAUUUAUACAAGGGUAUUGGAGAUACCUAACCAGCAGCUCGAUCAAUAUUUUGAAGGAUUUAAAGAGUUGGUUGCCAGUCGCCCUUUAUCUGAGUUGCGGACAUCUGAAGAAGCUGCUGCUGCCCUAGCUGUUGCAGAUUCUGAAGCUGUAGCCCAAGAAAAUGAGGGGGAGGUCCUUUCUAGUGCAUCAAAGACUACAAAUGCAAGCUUAAAAGAAGCUGAGGAGUUGGAGAAGUAUAUUGCUAGCAGAGAAGAGUUGUAUAAAAAAGCAAAGGACUUUGAUUCUAAGAUCAUUGGUUUUGAGACAGCUAUUAGGAGGCCGUACUUUCAUGUGAGGCCCCUCAAUGUUGCAGAGCUUGAGAAUUGGCAUAAUUAUCUUGAUUUUAUUGAAAGUGGAGAUGACCUCAAUAAGGUGGUUAAGCUUUAUGAAAGAUGCCUGAUAGCAUGUGCUAGAUAUCCUGAAUACUGGAUACGUUAUGUUUUGUGCAUGGAAGCUAGAAGCAGUAUGGAGCUUGCCGAAAAUGCACUUGCCCGUGCCACUCAAGUCUUCGUAAAGAGGCAACCAGAGAUCCAUCUUUUUGCUGCUCGAUUUAAGGAGCAGCAUGGUGAUGUUAAUGGAGCUCGUGCUGCUUAUCAACUUGUGCAUAGUGCAAUUUCACCUGGUCUUCUUGAAGCAAUCAUCAAGCAUGCAAACAUGGAAAACCGACUUGGAAACUUGGAAGAUGCUUGUUCCUUAUAUGAGCAGGCAAUUGCAAUUGAGAAAGGGAAGGAGCAGUCACAGACUUUGCCAUUGUUGUUCGGCCAGUAUUUGCGUUUUGUAUUCUUGGCCUCUCGCAAUGUUGAUAAGGCAAGGGAUACCCUUGUUCAAGCUGUGGAGAAUACCCAAUUGUCAAAACCCCUUCUAGAGUCUAUGAUCCACUUAGAAUCAAUCAUGCCUUUUCCGAAGCAAAUAGAAUAUUUAGAUUCCCUAGUUGAUAAAUUCAUCGUUCCGACUCCUGAGAACCCUAGUGUUGCUAGUGUUGAUGAAAGAGAGGAGCUAUCAAGCAUCUUCUUGGAGUUCUUGGAUCUCUUUGGAGAUGCUCAUACUAUCAAGAAGGCUGACAACCGUCAUGCAAAAUUGUUCUUGCACCACAAAAGCACAUCAGAGUCGAAGAAGCGUCAUGCGGAGGAUUAUUUAGCUUCAGACAGAACAAAACUUGGAAAGUCACUUAAUCCGAUGCCUGGUCCUCCAGUGCUCGGUGCAUAUCCCAGCAUUCAAAAUCAGUGGGGAGCAGCUGGUUAUGGUGUUCAGCCUCAAGCCUGGUCUCAAGCUUCACAGGCUCAAGCACAACACUGGAACCCUGGCUAUGCUCAACAGGCCGCUUAUGGUGGUUAUGGAGCGAGUUACCCCCACCCCCAAGUAGCCACGUCCGUGCCCCAAACUGCCACAUACGGAAGUUAUCCUCCGACUUAUCCCACACAGGCUUACGUGCAGCCAGUUGCAAGUGCAACUUUGAUCCCAGCCCAGCAGCCUGCUGCUGCUGCUGCACCUUCUGCCACAUAUUACUCCAAUUACUACUGA